AUGCUACGAUUUUGUGGCCGCGGUAGUUGGAGGAUCGCUGGGAAUGAGCUAAUGAAGUCGAGAAGAUUCGUCAAUUUGUUCAACGGGGAUGCCAUUUUCAAUAGUGAAGAUGCUGGUAGGGAGGACCCCUUGCCUCCUGAUGAUGGAUCUCCUUCGCCAAUGCCUGUAUUCGCCCAACUCAAGCCAACCAUUGCCACACCUGCGCCAUUCAGGCUUGGCCAAUUUGCCCGGGAGUGUCAGGUGUCACAUCUUGUUGGAAGGGUUAUCCGUCAUGUCUUCAGUCCUAUUUCUGACCCACACUUCCAUGAAGAGGAGGCAACACAGCUAGAACGGACAUUGUUAUCCUUUCUUCCUCUCUUGAUCGAAGAAGAAGUUCAAUUCAGUAACUAUUGCGGAGCUCUGUCGACUUGCGUCAGCUCCCUAUUUACCCUAUACGCGGCUCCCCUGCUUCGCUGUCAGUACCAAAGUCUUGAUGAAAAUGCUGCGUUGCUCGCUAUGGAACAGCUUUCUGCGCGCAUGGCCGAACUUUCCGGUUAUAUCUUAGGCAUUGCUGAGGACGAAAACAAGCGCUUCAUGUUGUCGCCUUUCGUGCCAUAUGCCUUAUACCAGACCGCAGUAAUAGAAUUGCAACUGUGGGAUUCGAAGGGUGAAUUGCGAUACAAGGAAAGCGCAGACAAGAUGGUCCAAUUACUCCAACAUUUUAGCAAACGUUGGUAUAUAGCCGAAAAGUACCUAGCCGCAUUGAAGUCCCCUCACCCUCCGGUGACCCUACCAGCCCAGGAUUUCUACAUCAGCGAGGGAUCCCAUGUGAAUGAGUCUUAA